GAGAAACAAGCAGCAGCGCUCAAGGACAAGUACUUGCGGCAAGUGGCAGAAACACGUAAUCAGCAAACGCGCGCUGAACGGGAUGUUGCGAAUGCGAAAGAUUUCGCUAUUCAAAAGUUUGCCAAGGACUUGAUUGAGUCUGUGGAUAACUUUGAGCGUGCCUUGGAGACUGUGCCAAAGGAGUUGAGAGAGGAUAAAGAGAAGCACCCGGACUUGGCGUCGCUGUACGGUGGACUCAAGAUGACGGAGGGGAUCCUUAUGCGGACGUUGGAGAGGCAUGGCUUGAAGCGGUUUACGGGAAUGGGAGAGAAGUUCAACCCGAAUCAGCAUGAGGUGCUCUAUGAAGUACCCAUGCCAGACAAGGAGGCCGGUACCAUCUUCCAGGUCCAGAGUACAGGAUUCACACUCAAUGGACGGACUAUCCGUGCCGCAAAGGUCGGUGUCGUCAAG